GAAAAAGAAAAAAAAAUACAUGAUAUGAAAAAAAGAUUUAGUGUAAAGGGAACUGAGAAAUCUCUAGGUACAUGUCGUGCAGCUGAGGAUAUACCUGGGAACAAAAUGGAUAUUGCAGCAUCGAUUGGUGAAGAAUUUGACAUUAUUAGAAAAGGGAAACCUAUUCCUGAUAACAAAUGGCUUGUAAAGAACAAACAAGGAUUAUAUGGUUUCAUUGAUAUAAACAAAAUAGAGAGAGAAGCAGAUGAAGAUGCAGAAGAUCUGUAUGAAGAAGUUCCUGCUUCGAAAAUUCACUCGUCACACUCAUCUAAUGGGAAUAAUAUUUCCACCCCUCCUGUAUCGUCUCCGCCGCCCCCUCCGUCACAAAGUGCGCCCCGACCUCCUACAGGCAACCAAGACAUUUACGAUGAUGUAGCAGCAGAACAACCUGACGAGGAAUUAUACGAAUUUCUUCCUGAAUAAUUACGUAAUGAAGACAGGAUUUUGAAAUUAAUUUAGAAGCGAGUAUUUUGUAUCAUAGGAAGUAAAAGUUUUUGCUUAUAUCUAUUUCAAAGCAACCUGUGCUUUUUCUACCAUAUUUCAACUUCAAUCAAAUUCUAGUAUUAUCUGAUAUGCAGGGGGGAGCUGAAGUCUCAAUUCAUGCAUAAAUUGACUUGGAAGUGAAGAUGACGGGCUCCAACCAUCACCGCCGGCGUAUAGAGGUCUAGGGAAAAAUUGAUACCGCUUUUAUACCCGUUUUAUACCUGCCUAACUCAAUCCUCAGUUAUAUAAUAUAGUACAAUAAUGUAUGUGUUAGAUAUACAUAUUUUUAUCUUAAUUAGGUUUUUACUAUCAAAUAUUUUGUAACAAUAAAAAUUG